GAGGUAGAAGAGGACAUCGUGAACAUUGUGGAGGAGAGGAAGGUGGAGAGGGUGAUAGAGAAAGUGUCUCAGGUGGAUAUAAAGAACAAGGUGAGGGAGGUAGAACCCCUGGUGAAGAUGGACACACGUUUCUUUGGAGAGCUGCUGGCGGAGGUUUAUAGGAAGAACUGUGACAUCCACACCUGCAUCUCAGAACACGUGGCCAAGAUACGUGGACGGUGGGUUUAGCUUUUUUCAGCAUAAAGCCUUAUUAAUGUUUAGGGCAUUUAUAUAUAGCUUUGCUUUUUCUCCAGCACCAAUCAUAAAACAUAACAUACUAAGAGAGACAAUAAGGAAACAAGACAGAAACCAACGGGAGAAAGUACUGUAACUCUAUCUCCUACUGAACUGGCCAGAAUAGUAGGAAAUACUGUAGUGGUGGUUUUGGAUGCUGGUUGAGUAUUUAAAUCAUCAGUGUUAGCUCUGGAUCUCCUCUUUCCUCAGUUUCACACUUGGUUCAGAAAGUCCCACUUGCUCUAAUUCAACUUGUCAGGCUAGGUCAUAAAAUACUGUAUGAGGUUUGAGGCGCAGGUGCUGCUACUCUAUGUAACGCAUAGCGACUACAGUAUUGGAGGAAUAUAACGCUCCUGGAGCCCUUAAAGAACAGUCUCUAGUAGUCCUAGUCAACACAUUUUACAUGAACUUUCUAGACUCACUAGCUAGGCUAUAAAAUACGCUGUGGGAUGUAAAACUCCCUAAUGUUUUUGGGGAUAAUCUGCUCAGCAACAAUUGUCACUUGUUACCCAGGGAGUCCCGUGAUCAGUCUCUAGACAUUACAACUGUCAGUCAGACCUCUCCCUUUCUACAGACUCUCUGAUUACUCAUAGUACCUGUGAUUCACUGAGCAAACACACCCCUCUGUUCCCCUAUCCUUCUGUCUCCAUUUAAACCUGUGUAGAGACACAGCUAUGAUUUUAUAGAUCAGUCUGAUUAGUGUAUGUGUGUGUGCACGCCUCAUGCCCUGUCAUGUUCUUUAGUGUUUACCUUGCCAUCUCUCUUCCAGGAAACACCUCCUGGAUCCCAGCAAUGACUACAAGGUACAGCAGGGAGGGAGGGGCGGCUUCCAUGAUGGUUUUACACAAUGCAUCAUAUAAGUCUUGUACUGUACUGUUUAAACAGUUAUACCAUAGCCCUUAGUAACUACAUUUUCUCAGUAGGUGCUCAAAAUUCUGUUUAGAAGAAAGUAACCAUUCGAAACAUGAAAGACUAAACGUGUGUGUGUGUGGGUAUUUGUCCAGAUGGAGAGAGAGGACAUCGAGGCCCUGAUCCCCAAAGGAGCAUCUGAACUGACCAAACAGCAGAUCCGCUAUUUGCUGCAGGUAACACCUGUUCCUUUUGGCUGUUUAACAGUGUUCUAAACCCCUCUGUCUUUCCCUCUAUUAAUCACUCUGUCCUGUCACUCUUGUUUUUCUCACGUAUGUUCUCUAACCUCCUCCCCCUCUCUCAGACCCGUAUGACAGCUGACAAGACAAUGCGUCUCCUCCUGACCACCUUCAGCAGUCUGAGAGAGGAGCUGAUCCACAUGUCAGAGGACCUGAGGGUAAGACCUGGGGCCUGGGCCCCUAUAGUAGCCUCUUAUGCUCUUUUCUAAACUGUCUCAUUGAAAUGUACAUGCAGGCAGUCUUACUGCAUCUGUCUCUGUCUCUGUUAGUGAUUUAUACACUAGAUCAGUGGUUCCCAACCCUUUUCAGUUACUGUACCACCAACAGUUUUUUGCUCUGCCCAGAGUACCCCUGAAGUACCCGCUCAUGUGCAUUUUGCCAGUAAGCCUAUGGUCUCAUGGGUCUUCUCAAGUACCCCCUGUGGAUAGGCCAAGUACCCCCAGGUGUCCUAGUACCCCUGGUUGGUAACCAAUGGCACUAGAUGACUGACGGGACGCUGUUUUACAGACACCUUAAUGCUUACUUUUAAAUUAAAUUACAUGAGCUAAACAUUAAAAUGUUAAAAUGUAUAAAAACAUUUUCCUUAAAGUAUAAUUUUUUAGAAAGUACUAAUGUUACUGUCCCCAUUACAACAAAGAAUACUGAAAAAAAUUGAAAUGAAAAUCCAUUCAUUCCUAUGGAGGACUGCUCCUACUGGGACUGGUGGCUUCAAAGCCUCUCAUUGGCCAAUACAUAGCAUCAGCAAUCCAGGCUUUAUAUACAUCAUUGGUCUCUGUUCUCCCAGCGUCUGGAGAGUGAGAAGGAGACCCUUGAGAGAGACCUAAGCUUCAAGGCUGACCAGGCUGAGCAGUAUGACCGCCUCCUAGAGGCUGUACGAGAGAACAACAGACAGCUACAGGUAGGUGUGUGUGUGUGUGUUGGGGGGGAGUUUUUUUGUUUGUUUGUGUGUGUCUUCCACUGUGUGUUGCCUGUGUGUGUUUGCCUGUGUGUACACCUCCUCUGUAGAGUAUCUCUGCACUGUAUGUUAGUGCAAUGGCUGUAUAUAUGUGUGAGUAACUCUGUCCAUUCAUCCAUCCAUAUAGAUAUCUCUGAAGGAGAGCAGCUUCAGCCAGCGGACCCUGGAGACUCAGCUCCUGAGCAGCCACAGUACAGACUCAGGCAGGGAGUUCCGCGUCAAAGAACUGGAGGGCAGCUACCGAGCCCUGGAGAAAGAGAACGAGAUGCUCAAACAGAAGGUACUCUAACUCUACCCUCCAUCUCUGACUCUAGCCUAUCUCACGUCAGAGCUAGAAUCAACUCUUACCAAUUCUUCCUGCUCAUGAUGAUGGAACUAUAGUAUCCGACUGUAGAAUUAUUCUCAUAGAACCAACUUCCUUAACUAACUUGUCUCUCUCUCUAUCUGUUUUCAUCCAGCUGGCCGGUCAGUGCGGCAGUAGCACCAUUCAGAUGAAGACAGAGGAGCUGUCUCGUCAGUACUCGGAGCAGCUAGCUGCCCUGCGCCAGGAGAAGGACAAGGAACUGCAGAGCCUCAGGGUGAGAAGCCUACAGAGAGGCAUGGCUACAGGGAUGGGCUUUCCUGCACAGAUGGAAGUACUGUAGCAGUACUGACUGUGCUUGUGAGCAGAAAUAUGGGUAUGUAGUGGUUAUACUGACUGUGUGUGUCUCUGAUUGUCUGUCUGUCUUUCCAGACCCAGCUGACACAGAUCACCACGGAGUACACCACGGAGAGAUCAGGUGACAAGAGCCUGCAGCUUCGCAUCACACAGCUGCUGACAACACUGGAGCAGCGGGAGGUCGUCAUCAAACGUCAGGAAGAGGUCAGGGGUCAAAGCUACUGGUCACUGGUCAGCCUUUAGGCACAGAUCUAGGAUCAGUUCUUGGAAAUGCCUACACCUGUUAUUGGAAUAAACUCAAACAAGAUUUGUAUGUAUUGCCUGAAUUAAACCCCCUAAAGAGAACCAAACUAACUCAACAGGUUUGGAUUAGAAAAAGCCCCUGCUUCUAGGGUCUUUCAUCUAGUUUUUUCCCAUAAUCAAGUUAUUGGUUUUGGUCAGGCCAGUCUGACUACAUUGUCUCACACUGCUUGUGUUAAUGUGGCUCUGAAGAUUCUUUUCAUUUCACCUUAGGAAUGUGUUUACCUGACACGGUUGUACACCUUUAGCUACAUCAUUAACACCUGUUUUACGGCACAGGCCUACUUCCUCCUCCCUUCUUAUCCACCUCUGACCUCCCAUCUCUGACCUCUGAUCUUUAACCAUCAGGAGAUCUGGCAACUGCAGCAGAAGAAGAGUGACAGCUCCAAGAACGUCACCACGACCACUAUCACCAAAAGGUCAGCCCCCCACCUCACCAUGAGCCUGUUUUAUGGGGAAUAUUUGGAAGAAACUCCCCUAAAAUGGGUUAAUGUAAUUUAAGGUGCCUAGUAUGGUUUUUCCCAAAACAGGAUUUUGUACUGGCAUACAGUAUGUACAUAACCAACCAGUAUGCGGUCCUUACUGUUUAUAACUGAUGUGUAGGUACAGGAACCAGUACCCCCUCCUGGGCCUGCUGAGUGAUGAAUUCCAAUCCACAUUGCCCGUCAAGGAUGCCAAGACCGUCGUCAUCGAGAGCCGGACGGGGGAGAUUAUCAAACAGGUAGAGUAGAGCAGGGAGGAAGUAGAAGCUAGAUGGCAUUCUAGAAUGGACAAACUAUAGUAUAGCUAUACAGUCAGAACUAAUGAGGAAGAACAUCAGUUAUUGUUCUCAGUUUAGAGUUUGAAGUGAGUUGUAAGAUUAGGGUAAGGAUUAAGGUUAGGGUAAGGAUUAAGGUUAGGGUAAGGAUUAAGGUUAGGGUAAGGAUUAAGGUUAGGGUAAGUGGUUAAAAGUAAAACAUGAUUAGUGAUUAGAAAGGGCCAUUCAUCUGUCCAUUCUGACAUGCCCAAAUAGUGUUAAACAUGUGUGUACUGCCAUGGGGACCCAGAAGGGAGAGAGCUUGGGUUCCUUACUGGGCUUUUACUAUCUGGCCCUGUCAGAAGCUGGGCCAGGGGUCACUGUGUGAGGAGGGAUGAUGAGAGGCUGAUGGAUGGAUGGAGGCAGUUCCCUCUGUGGUCCUGGAGAGCUAGGCGCUGAUGGCAUGGAGAGACCAUGUUCAAUUCUGCCUCUGUCUGUUAGUAGUAAAAUAAAUGUAUGUUCUCCCAACUCUACUAAAUUCCACAUCGGGGUUGCAUGUUUAAUUGGACAGGCAUCCUUGUUUGUGAGAAGCAUGCAAGAGUUAGUGAUUGAGUUGGAAUGGAUAUAGGGUGACAGCACUGACUUUUCCUGGGAUUGGAGAUCCACUGUUAGUCUUAGUGCUCUUAUGACAUCUGAACCAAAGCUGUCAUUAGCACACUAGUCAAAAUAACAACAUCAUUCAGAGGGUUAGAGGAGAUCAAGCUUUUUGUCUUUCCAAGGCAGAAUGAAAGAGUUGUGUGGCAGAUUUACACUGAGUGAGAAACAGCGAGAAACAAGGGUCUAAUCUGAGGGAUUAGUCCUUCACGCCAUAACGACCGUAUCCGUGUUCUGUUUAUUUUGAAACAGGAAAUCAUUACAACCCCUUAAAGACACUGCUUCUCUCUGCUCUGCACAGGAAUGAACGACAAGAAGACCCUGACGUCCCCCCCCCCCCCCCCCCCCCCCCCCCCCGCAUGCUGCUGCCUCCCCCUCCCUCUUCCUCAGGGCUCCCAGGGUGGUGGUGG